AUGUCGCGAAUAGUCAAUGAAUCGGCUAUUGCCAUUGAAGAUCUCGUAUGUCCCAUAACACUAGAAGUUUUUCGUGAUCCAGUCAUUGCACAGGAUGGUCAUGCUUACGAACGAGAAGCAAUCACGAAAUGGAUACUUGAACAUGGUACGAGUCCAUUAACUCGAGAACCAUUAGAGAUUGAUCUUUUGCAAGCGGAUGAACAUCUCCGACAGCUCUGUCAACAACGGCGAAAUUCCACAGUUUCUUAUAAUGCACGCAGUCGAACGAUCACUUUACCACCGAGCCACAAGGAACCGAAAGUUCAAAGUGAAAACUCGAAUAUAAUCAGAAAAAUUCGUUCAUCAAAAUACUUCUGUGGAAUUCUUCUUUUUAUAAUCUGUUUCUGUGUAAUCUGUGUUUUGGUAACGAUUGGGAUUGUGUUUGGUGUAAAAAAUGCUAGUAAAGGUUCUUCACCAAUGCAAAUCACAUCUCAAUUUUCCAGCUCAUUAAAACCAAAUGAUUCACAAUUUAGUCGACAUCUCGGUACGAAAAACAAAGCUUAUUAUUAUAAAGCGGUUUUACUAAAUGCAUCCUUUUCUGGUUCUUACCAAAUGAAAAGUAUUAGUAAAAUAGACCUCUAUGGAUAUUUAUACUCGGGAUAUUUUAUGUCUAAAAUGCCAGCGGUUAAUCUACUUAAAUAUGAUGAUGAUAGUGGUGGAAAUCAGCAAUUUCUUCUUGAUGCUUGGUUGACACCGAAUAAUUAUACACUAGUGGUCACAACAUAUGGCGGAAACGUCACGGGACCGUUUUCGAUUGCAAUCACUGGUCCAGGAACUGUUGUUUUCUCCAUAAGAUAG